AUGUUCACCGACAGCAUGUUGAUGAGCCCCGACUUUGACGAGGAGGCGUACCUGCGCUACGCUCUGCACGCCUCCAACUGCCAGGCGGAGCAGGCGCGGCUCGCGUCGUGCGCCAAGGCAGUGCGGGAGGAUGUGCACAAGAUCCUCUCAGAGAACGCGGAAGACAUGGUUCAACAAGUCACAGCUGCCUGCCGAGCCCAACGUGACGUCGCGGCCGUGCGACAGGCCACAUCGUUUCUUGUGCAAUCUACUAGCAGACUUCGGCACACCAUACAAGAGCCGCAUCGUGUGAUCAACGCAAGCAUCACCAAACUGGAGAACACAAACGCCGCUCUGAAUUUCCUACGGAACAUCCUCAAAUUCAUUGGUCUCACGACACGGUUGAAGAGUCAGCUCCCACACGACCUUGCGCGCGCCGCCCGGACACUUCGGGAGGUGGAGGAGUUGAUGCAGUCCAGCAGCAUCACCGGCAUCGAGGUGGUGGAUGCCCGUAUCGAGGCGGUGGAGCGGGCAGCGGUGACAAUUCGCACCAGGGCGCAGGAGAUGCUGCGACGGGGGGAUGCACAGGACGCGUCUAGUGUUGCGGUGCCGCUGCAGUGCUUCUUCACACUCGGGAACCUCCCACGUGUGCUCAGUAGCCUCAUGACGGAACAGAAGCGGGAGGUAAUCAAGUCGCUGAUGAGGGACUUGGAUCUGCAGACAAUGACAGACGAAAUUAAUCAUGGAGACAACAGCAGUGCCAAUGAUAUAAGCGCGCGGACACGUGACGUUUUCUUCUCGCGCCUCCAGUCGGCCCUGACAAACACGACACAGCACACGCAAGUGGUCGUGGCCGUGUGGCGUGUGCUGGUGAAGAAGUUGGAUCCUGUCACCCACACGCCGUAUCUUAGCGUUGUGGAGAACCCAACGUCAGCGCUGGGCGACUACUGGCACUUAGUCACGGAGAAACUCCGCGAGCGUCUGCAGGCUGCACAGAAAAGACCCAAUUUCCUCGCCGUGAUGGCAGCUGAUGUCCUGCAAUACCGUAAUCUUCUGCAUACAUUCCUGGGCAAUAUGAGAGGCCUCUUGGAUGUACUGGAUCGGCUGAUGGAGAUGGACGCGGCCGCGAUGAAACGAGCGGGCAGGCCAUCAUCACCAGUUAAUGCCUCCCCCGGUGGCGUGGAGCAGGUGAAACGGACCUGGCUUUCUCAGGUGACACAGGAGGUCAAUGAGCGCUUUGCCGCACACAUCACGGAUCGCCAUCGGGAGAGGCUGCACCACAUACUUUCAAAGCUACCAUCUAUCAUUCCGACUGCAAGCAGUCGACCUGUUGUGAAUGCUGUUGUGGAUCUCGACCGACCACAGGUUCCUGCUGCGGCGUACGUGUUGGAUACACGCGGGUACACGGCAAUGGCAACACAGGAUGUGACGAGUUACCGUCAAGACCCGCAUACACUUUCUAUUGUACUUGAGUGCAUUCUGCAGUGCCUCGCAGCGUUCAUGCAGCCCGUGACCGAGGCGAUGAGCAAGUGGCCCCUUCCCCCACUUCCCUCGGUUUCGGGUGACCCCACGGGGCCACAGAUGCUGCACAUUUGUGUAAGUAAUGCAUGCACACUUCUUAGCAACGACUUAGUGUCCAUGCUGGCAUCCCUGCCGGAGGAGGAGCUCUUCGCGGAAGACCGUGUGACGGGGCGAUGGUUGUCUGGUGGUAUGAGGAGAACCGAUCAAGAGAAGGGGAGUCGCGACGAGACUGCAUCCAACGCACGAGAAAAUGUGAUGGAGAAGCACCGCCAACUCAGUGAGCUUGCCGAUAAGUUAAAAUCGAUCAGUAAGAAUACUCUGGAUCCCUUCUUUAGUUCAGCGUCGGUUUUGCUUCUUGGCUGUGUUUCCAUGUGCGUAGAUGGAUCGCUGGGACAGGAGGCCGCAGGGGUCAGGCAGCUGCAGAGCCAAAUCCGGCACUUCAUGUCUCACUUUUAUUAUCUUUUUGAGCCACAGACUCCCACUCUGGAUGAAAACGUGCGGAGGAUCACUGAUAGCCUUCUUGCAAGGCUCAUUGUGACGGUAACGCUGGUGUGCCCCUACACUACCGGUAAAAAGCAACAUGUGGUUGGUUGCCUCCAGCAGGUUUCUCGUGUGGUGUUGUCCUUCGGUCCGACGAAUACACAUGGAACAAUGGGCCGAAGCACAAUGUCACUCAAGGGUCAGCUGCACCAGCUGACUGUCUGGUAUGAGCUGUCAGAGGACGUCUCGGAAAAGUCAAGGGAGGAGUGGCAUACUUUUCUUGCAAUGCUUCCUCCUGUGGUGGCCCGAUUGCUGCUGCUGCAACGCGUCCCACAAAAUCCAGCCAAAGGCAAUAAACCUCACGUCGCAAUGGGGGUGACAUCCGAGAGUUUCGUGGAGAUAGUUGAGGCCGCUUUGCUGGAGCAGGCUCGUGUUGGCCAAGCACUACAGAACGGCGUAGGCGGCACGAAUAGCGGCGCUGAAGCGACGACGCGAUUGGGCGACGCGAUGACUGCUCUGGAGACGUGCUUCCACGAGGCCGCCACCGCCGCACGUGCAGACCCCGCGGGAGAGCCGAUGGUGCGCUGGGCAGAGGAGCAGUGGGGCCUGAUGCAAGGCUAG